AUGGAGACAUUCGGAUCUCUCAAGCGUCGGACCACCGACCUCAUGUCCCAAGCCCAGGGCCAAGUGGGCAAUAUCCCCAGACCAAACCUGCCCGGCAUGCCAGCGAUGCCAGCGAUGCCAGCGAUGCCAUCGAUGCCAUCGAUGCCUGCCAACUUUCCCAACCUGUCCGACCUCUCGUCGAGGCUCCCCAAGAUGCCAGCCUUCGGAGCCGGGGCAGCGCACCCGGGUACGCCCACGCAGAAGGCCACCUGGGAGCGAAUCGACGUUCCCCCCAUGCCGCGGUCAUCCCACUCGGUCAACGUGGUCGCCGGUAGCGCCUACAUCUUCGGCGGCGAGAUCCGGCCCCGCGAGCCAGUCGACAACGAGAUGCACAUCAUCACCCUGCCCUUCAGCAGCGCCGGCGCCGACUACUACGCCGUCAAGGCCAAGGCAGCGCCCAAGCAAGAGGUCCCGCAGGUCCCCACUGUCAUCGCCCCCAGCGACGACGGCAACGACGAUAGCAAGGAGAAGGACUUGGCUGAGGUGCCCCUCGGCACCUCGGCCGAGGCGUCCGACGACGUCGUGACCGGGUCGGAGAACAUCGCCGACGGCCCGGACCCCAGCACCUCCAAGGACAAGGGCCCCGCCCACGCAGACUUCGACCGCUCCUCCCUGGGCGACGUCCCCUCCCCGCGCGUUGGACAUGCCACAGCCGUCAUUGGCAACCGUAUCUUCCUGUUUGGCGGGCGCGGUGGCCCCGACCUGGCGCCGUUGGAGGAGCACGGCCGAGUGUGGGUGUUCGACACCAAGACGCACCUGUGGAGCUACCUGGACCCCCUCCUCCCUGCAGCGGGCCCCAUAUCCCCGGCCUUCGCCGACAAGAGGCACUUCUACCCCGCGGCGAGGAGCUACCACUCAGUGGCCGGCCUGGACCAGCCGCGGGACUUCGCAACCCGGGAGACCAAGACCGAAACGUGGGCCGAGUGGGCGCAGGGCGACAACCCGGCCGUGGGCCAGGUCGCGAACAACAGCCGGGACGAGGACGACGACGGGUACGGCACCCUGAUCGUGCACGGCGGGUGCUUCGCCGAAGGUCGGGCCAACGACACCUGGGCCUUCGACGUGCGCUCGAGGGUGUGGCAGGAGCUCCCCUCGGCUCCCGGCAAGCCGCGCGGCGGGACGAGCCUCGGCGUCGCGGGCUCCAGGCUCUGGAGGUUCGGCGGCUUCAACGGCGAGGGCGAGGAGGGCGGCCAGCUGGACUACCUCGAGCUCGGCGUCGACACCUUCGAGAACAUCAGUAGCGAGCGGGACGUCGUCCUCAGCGCCAGGGGCCAGUGGAAGAGCAUCUUCCCGGAGCUCGCGGGCAGCCCCGCCGCGCCCCUCGUCGCGGCCGCGGAGGAGAACGCCGCCGCCGGCGAGGACAAGGACGAGGCGGCCAGCGUGCCCCUCAAGGCCGAGGUCAACCCGCACUGGCCCGGCAACCGCAGCGUCGCCGGGAUGCAGACCGUCACCAUCGGCGGGGUCGGCGGCCGCGAGUACCUGAUACUGCUACUGGGCGAGCGGGACCCCAGCGAGGCAGGCCACGAGGCGGCCGGCAAGUUCUGGGACGACAUCUGGGCGUACGAGCUCCCCAGGGCCACUGCCGCCUCGUCCGUCAUGGGCAUGUUCGGCAGGGGCAGGAGCGGCAGCAAGGGCCAGGAGAGGCCCGUCGAGGGCAAGUGGUUCCGCGUCGAGACCGAGGCGUAUGACGACGAGGACGACGCCGCGGCUCAGGGUCCCGGCCCGAGGGGCUGGUUCGCCACGGCGCACAUGGGUCAGCUCGAGGAGAGGGGCAUUGUUGUCUGGGGCGGAUUGGACGGCGCGAAUAAGAGAUUGGGAGACGGCUGGAUCCUGAGGCUGGGUGCAGAGAAGAGAGAGCCUUGA